ACGUUGAUUCUAUUACGUCGAACAGCAUCUGCUUCACUACACCUCCCGACAUGCACCGCGGCAGUAACCGGUUCCCGAAGAGUUGCCGAAUGACAAGUGACCUAUCAUUAAACUAACGUUUUAUGAAACGUGUUUUCUUUUCAGAACUUGUUUCAGCAUCUGCACGGAAAAUUCUAGUUAAUCUUCACUGCUGCACCAUCAUCCUCCUCCUCUGGGGCUGAUCAGGACGUCAAAUUGAUCAAGCAUGAGGACUCUGUGGAUGAAAGCAGGUGUAUUUGGGACGGUGUCUGCUGCCUUUGGUUCAGUGCUGUGGUCACAGAGGAAGAGUGACCCAGACCAGGAUGCGUCCAGUCCCACCUCUACUGAUACGACUCCUGCUUCCCCCUAUGAGCUAAAAUUGGUCCAAGUCCUUUUCCGACAUGGUGCUCGAACGCCAUUAAAGUCUAUACCAGAUGUGAUGGAGGCCCAGUGGGUGCCCACACUCUUGGAGCCGCCAGCACACACUCACAUUAACUAUGUAGUGACGAACCUUCAUGGCGGACCUCGGCCCCCAGCUCCUAUAGAAGACAGCUAUAGGAAGAACGUGUUGGCAGGUGGCACGUUCCCCGGCCAGCUGACCACCGUGGGCAUGCAACAGCUGUACGAGCUUGGCAAGAGACUAAGGAGGAAAUACGUUGAGGAAAGUCCCUUUCUCAGCUCUAUGUUCAGCCCAGUCGAGGUUUAUGUGCGCUCCACUAACAUUGUGAGGACCAUUGAUUCUGCCAAGUGCCUCAUAGCAGGACUCUUCCAGCAAAAACAAAAAGAAAUUGUGCACAUAUUAACAACAGAGUCAGAAUCUGAAAUCCUGUAUCCCAACUAUCACGGAUGCAAGCUGCUCAAAAGCCUCGCCGGCCACCGCUGGGCAGAGUCGUCCACUCUGCCAGACAUUGCAGCAGACCUGCAGAGCAUCCAAAACGCACUGGGCAUCGCAGCUCACCAGCACGUCGACUUCAUCCUCAUUAGGGAUGACAUGGUUGCCAGAGAGACGCACGGCCUGCCUUGCCCACCGGCGCUGGACACCUGGAGGAAUAAGGUGGAGCAGAGAGCCGUGGACAUGGUGUGCCACAUCUACGAACCCAGCAGAAGGGAGAACCUGCAGCUGUGUGUAGGACCCCUCCUCUACACACUCUUAGGCAACAUUGAUGAGAAACUACAGGGCACCUCAUCAGAGCCAGGCAGGAAGUUGUUUUUGUACUCUGUACACGACACCACUUUGAUUCCCUGUCUAAUGGCUUUGGGGAUUUUUGACAUGAGAUGGCCACCGUACGCAGCCGACAUCACUCUAGAGCUGUACCAACACCGGCAGACCAACGAGGCCUUUGUUAAAGUGUCAUACGUAGGACAGGAACAACAUAUUCCUGGCUGUAGUGGCGUCUACUGCCCCCUGCAGGAGUUCAAACAGGUCCUUUCAUCAUGCGCUCUGAGGCCUGAGCUCUACCGCUUACGCUGCGACGGCACAGACGGUCUGGCCAAGCUCUGACCCCUUUACAUAAAAAACAUACCUCUCUGACAUUACAAGCUGAGAUUCACGCAUUCACGAAAACCCCAGAGGACUACAGUCAAAAAUGUUUUUCUGUACCUUCCAAACAUCGUUAAAAUAUCUGUUUUUUUUUCAUUCUCAAUUAGACAUCACUCAUUCUUGCAUGAAGUAAACGCGCUGUUUCCAGCUUCAGUCUGACGUGUCGCAAUCAUGCUCAUUUUUAUCAGAAGACGACACUAAAUCACCUAACAUCCUUAGUCGCAGAUAGUUAUGCUGUUUUUUUAGUGGGCCUCUUUACAUUAGCGUACUGAUUCUGACACUUUGGUUGGAUUCAAAACCAAAGCUUCCAUACUUCAUUACUCAGGGGAAUACUAUCAUUGUCAUGUAUUCUAUCAGUUUGCUAAAACGUGUGCAAAUACCAUAUAUUUUGAGAGUGUAUUUUAUGGGUUGCCUUUGUGUUGACAUUUGAUUGUAGUAUUAAUUCAUGUAUAAUGUAAAGAUGAGUACACUCCUUUACAGAAUACUGUUACUACCUCAAGAGUUUUCUGUGACCCACUACUUAUCUUGACUGAUUGGACAUAAGUAAGGAUCUUUGUCUUCUUCUGGCUCAUGUUAUAUAGCAGAAUGUGCAAUAUUUCUAUCGACUGACGAAACAGCUUGAGUUGAGUUGAAAUGCAUUAACAUGCUUGCAUCUAUUUUGGAAGUGCAGUGUCCUCUCUGAAUAGCUGUCACUAAAGCCCCCCCUGAUAAAGUGUCAACUUAGCAAUG